GCAUCCAUGGCGGCUCAGGAAUUGACUCCCUCGAUUUCCUCCCAGAAAAAAAGAUCCCGUUACAUGCUGCUCACCGAAUUCGUUCGUAGGCGUUAGACUAGACAUGGGAUCUAAAGGUCAAACGUCUGUCGCGCCGCGGGUGCUAGCGUCGUGGCGCGUUUCCUGGUCCCUCUGCUGUACCCCCACAGCAGAUUCGCCGGCCUUCGUCGCUGGCUCGUCCUACUCCCAGCAAUCUCGCUCUUCUUCCUUACAGAGAUCGUCGUUCUUAGAUAUAGCUGCUCCUCUCCCCCUUGGUCUAAAUCAGAGUUAAAACCCGUUCCAGUGAACAACACCCUCGCACCGCCACCGGAAUACCCCAAGGGUUGGACGAGAGGAGUAUAGAUCGGUUGAAAUAUCCGGGUCGGAAGCGCGUGCUUGGGUUCGUCGGGGUGCAGACCGGUUUCGGCAGCCGCAAGAGGCGGGGGCUGCUUCGCGAGACGUGGUUCCCCGCCACGCCCCAAGACCACGAGCGCCUGGAAGCGGCGACAGGGCUGGUGUUUCGGUUCAUCAUCGGGCACACGAGGAGCGCCGUGGAUGAGGAGUUAUUCAGGCGGAGAACAGCACGUACGGGGACUUCCUGCGGAUAGACGUGGAUGAAGCUUAUUUGAAUCUCAACCACAAGACGUAAGGCUUAUCUACUUCACCACUCUCUUCAAGCUGUAUGAAGCGGAGUUUUAUGUCAAGGCAGACGAUGACAUCUACCUCAGACCAGAUCGCCUCUCCUCCCUCAUUUCCAGGACAAGAAAGUCACCCCGAACCUACCUUGGAUGCUUGAAGAAAGGAGCUGUGUUCACUAACCCGAAAUUAAAGUGGUUUGAGCCCAAGUCAUGGCUGCUGGGAUCGGAGUACUUCUUGCAUGCAUACGGCCCCAUAUACUCGCUGUCUUACGACGUCGUCAACAUUCUCAACGCCAUUCCCAAGGGCAGGCUGCGCAUGUUCCUCAACGAGGAUGUGACUGUAGGAGCAUGGAUGCUGGCAUUCGACGUGUCUCAUGAAAUGAGCUGGCCGCUCUGCCAGAAUAACUGCACGCCCACUGCUGUGGCGGUGUGGGACAUGCCCACCUGCGCCGGCCUCUGCAAGCCCGAUGUGCAGAUGAAGGUGCUGCAUGACAACCCCGCCUGCUCUGGAAGAGUGCCAGCGUAACUCACUGCAAUUAUUCCAUUCUUUAUAGCCAACGGGUUAGGGUCGGAUUGGACUCCGAGAACACCCUCGAGCCACGACUGGCUGUGGGGAGCUCGUGAGCUCCAGCCUAUACUAGCUCACGUGCUCUUUUGUGUAUGGUCUGUUGUGAGGCAGCCACCUGCCAGAACUACCCUAAAAAUUUUCCCACAACCCACAAAAGGCUUUUUGCUGAGCAAGCAACUUCAGAUACUGUAUAGGGUCGCCUCUGAGAGAGUACAACACUUAGGUAUAUCUGUGUGUACACUCUAUCUAUCAUUCACUUCUC